AUGUCGAAACCCGUGCACCCAGCAGCAGUCCACUUCCCAAUCGCCUUUCUCUCUCUAGCAUACAGCCUCGACAUCCUCUCCACCCUGCGCCUGCCCGCUUUAGCAGCAUACCUGCCCACCCCAACCGAAAGCUCCCGCUUAUCCACCUACCUCCUCGCUCUCGGCCUGGCAUCCGCCAUCCCCGCCGUCCUUACAGGAGGCCAACAAGCACUUCUCAUGAUCUCCAAAGGGGGAUUGAAAGAUGAAAGCGGUAGUCUGCGACCYAAAGUCAAAGCGACCUUCACGCAUGCGAUUCUGAGUGAUAUUAUGCUUGCGGUUACGACUUAUGUUUGGUGGGCGAAGCAUAACGGGGAGAGUGCGGCGUGGAUUGUGCCGGUGGAGGGGUUGUUGUUGGCGAGCAUGCUGGUUGUGGGUGGCACGGGUGGGACGUUGACGUAUAACUAUGGAGUGGGGAUGAGCAUUGGCAAGGUUGCGAAGAAGGAGCUUUGA